AUGGGUUCCGGACAGUCAUCAUUGAGUUACCGAACAGCGUUUGUUGAGCUAAUAAAUAAGACGCAGCCUAUUAAUGCCUAUAACGAUGAGUUCUGGGACCAGUUUUGGUGCGGAGGUCCUACCCGUAUCAGUGAUAUGUUUGCUUCGGUUCCAGGUAGUGAGAUUAGAACUCUAAGGGAGGAGUCCCCGGGGAAUCUAGCUACACUUUGUUACAAAGCUGUUGAGCGCCUAGCUCAGCUCGCUGAAACCUCUUUCCUGACUACACAGGACCAACAGAUCGCUAUCAACUGUGUUAGGCUUCUCACUCGCAUUAUUCCAUACAUUUUUGAAGUUCCAGAAUGGCGUCCGUUCUUUUGGUCAGUCUUGCCCGCACAACCGGACCCCAAUCCCGAUACCGCUGAUAGUGUCCCCUUAGCACAAACCCUGGUUUCCUCACUCUGCGAUCUCCUUUUUUGCCCGGACUUCACUGUUCACUCUCUUACCAAAUCCGGUCCGGAAAAUGCUGAAGAUAUACACACCAUAGAUAGUUGUGAGUAUAUUUGGGAGGCAGGUGUCGGUUUUGCCCAGUCACCUCCACAAAACGCUCAACACGAUGCCAACCGCACAGAAAUAAUUCGUCUCCUCCUUGUCUGUUUCUCCGAGACCAUGUACCUUACUCAAGCUGAGGCGCGCAGUGAAAUUAACAAGUGGAUCGCUUUUUUCUCCGGCCCCGAAAAUCGACACGUUCUUCCCCUCUUCACCUCCCUUCUCAACGUCGUCUGUGCCUACAAUCCCGCCUCCUCUUCCCUUCCCUAUAAUCAUCUCAUGUUCACGGACUCCCGAGAGCCGCUUGUGGAGGCAGCUCUACAGAUGCUCUGUGUUAUCUUGGAAGCCGACACCAGUAAUCUUGAUGGUGGAAAGACUCUGUCCGAUUCCACCACCUCUAACGGCAAAGGAAGCAAUCUCUUCCUCAACUACAUGUCUCGAAUUCAUCGAGACGAGGAUUUCUCCUUUGUCCUCGAUGGAAUAACGCGGCUGUUGAACAACCCUCUGACCCAGACAUACCUCCCAGGCUCAGCAAAGAAGGUGCAGAUGCAUCAGGAGCUGCUCAUUCUCUUCUGGCGCAUCUGUGACAUCAACAAGAAGUUCAUGUACUACGUACUCAAAUCAAGUCGUGUGCUGGACGUCCUUGUGCCCAUUCUUUACUAUCUUAACGAGGCCAGAAAAGAUAAAUGCAAGUAUCUACUUAUUCCUUAUUCUGUAGCUCAACUUGGUUUGAUGCACAUUGGUGUGUUCAUCAUCCUCCUACUGAGUGGGGAACGCAACUUCGGGGUCCGCCUGAACAAGCCUUAUUCCAAUCGAACUUCAUUUGACAUCACAGUCUUUACUGGAAAUCAUGCUGAUCUCCUCAUCAUCGUUUUCCACAAGAUUAUCACCACCGGUCACCAGUGCCUGCAGCCCCUCUUCGAUUGCCUUAUCACGAUUAUCGACAAUGUGUCACCCUACGUGAAGAGCUUAUCAAUGGUCUCGGCCUCCAAAUUGAUGCAUCUAAUGGAAGCAUUCAGCCAACCUUGGUUCCUCUUCUCAUCUCCCAACAACUAUCAACUGGUGCUUUUCCUUCUGGAAAUCUUCAACAACGUGAUCCAGUAUCAAUUUGAUGGCAACUCUUGUCUAGUCUACUCCAUCAUCCGCAAACGUCAGGUCUUCUACCAGCUGGCUAACUUACCCACUACCGACGAGGAGAUCCGCGAAGUCCUCGCCAAACACAGCGGACUGCAUCGACGUUUUGAAGCGCCACCAGACACCGAUGAAGAGGACGAAGUGGAAGAUCGAACGGAGGAAGACGGUGAAGGGGAAGGUGAGGGCAACGAAGACGUUUUCAAGAAAGAAGCAAAGGAGGAAGGCUUAGAUUUCGUGUCUACGGACGUGGAUCAAUUCUCUCAAGCUGCAUCGUUGAUCAACGACAAGAUGGACGAGGUUAAAAAUGAGAAGGGGAACGGGGUAGAAAGCGAGACGAAAAACGGUGGUGCUGUUGUAGCGCAAGGCGACUCAGAGGAAAUCGCGAGGCAGAUGUCAGCUUUGGAUGGACUGCAGACAAGUCUGACGGACAUACCAAGCCUUACUAGUAUGACUGACAGUCAGCCGGUGAACGCCGCGCACUCUAGUGACUACCACCUCCAUUCUUACGAGGGGGAGGCGCCUUCCACGUGCAGUCACAUACCGGCGGCUGCUUCUGACUCUACCACUGGAAGCAGCACUGGAGAAGCUGUCGAAAGUCGUCAAUUGGAGUGGAAAAGUGGGGAUGAAGCGAGCAAAGAGGAGGUGGCGAAGGGGACGACGAAGACGAUGCUAGAAAGGGAAAGGACAGGGGGAAGCGAUGGAAAUUCGCGUCGUCGGCUGACCCCUCUCACUGUUCCUUGGCGCCCCACGGCGCGUUGGGUUGGCAGCUGGCACGAGAAGCUGCCACUACAGACAAUCAUGCGACUCUUGCAGGUUCUCGUACCUCAAGUGGAGAAGAUAUGCAUUGAAAAGUCCCUGAAGGAUGAGCCAGAAAUCCUCAAAUUUCUGCAGAAUGGCACCCUGGUUGGUCUGCUGCCAGUGCCGCACCCGAUUUUGAUUAGAAAGUACCAGUCCAACAUGGGAACCACUGUCUGGUUUCGCACUUACCUAUGGGGAGUGGUCUACCUCAGAAAUUCGGAUCCACCCAUCUGGUUUGACACCAACGUUCGUCUGUUCGAGGUGCAGCGAACCUAG